AUGAGCGGCGCGUCAAGACGAGGAGGAGGGAGUGAAAAAAAACACACACAAGCGAGCAGCAAGACAGGGUGAGGUCUCAGUCAGCAAAGACAGAAACAGAGAGGGAGAGAGAGGGAGAGGGUGUCCUUCUGUCUUUCAUGAAGUGAGCAGCCCUGCCGUGCGCGGAGAGGACGCGUCUGUUCGCCUGUUUUCGUCCCGGUGAAGAAGGAAAAACAAGAAUCGCAGGAUCACCGGGGAUGGAGAGGCAGCGCUGACGGAGAUUCCCGAGCUCCCCUGAUAACAACAGGUUAGUGUUUACGGACUCGGUGUCCCUCAGCAGAACCUCAGAGCCCGUUUUUUUCACACAUUAUUCCCGUUUUAUCUCAGAUUUUGUUCUGCUGAGGUGUGAAAGCUGCUUUAAGACGCACCGGAGGCGGUAAACACCAUCUUUGGACGCGUUUUGAUGCAUCCACGUGUGCGCCAAAGAGCCCGGCCGUGGCUCAUACACGCCGGCUCGUCAGCACAAUGCGUGGCAGACAUGGCAGACAUGGCACAUACAGGUGAACAGCAGGUGCAGAACAUUUGGAGGUGUUUUGGUGUGGAUGUAAAUGGCGGCUCUUCGAGGAUCCCUGCGCUGGUUUUUGCGGGUGUGUCUACCUUUGAUCCCCUCAUGCACUUGGAUGGAUCAGGCGAAAUGAAGCAGACUGUAUAUCAGUGAGAGGUUCACAGUCUAAUCAGCUCUCAUUAGCAUUUUUAUGAAAUGCAUAUUUCUGCACACUUAUCAGGAAUGGUGUUACAGUGUCAGAGCAAGAAGUUGUUGGAGGAUAUUUCCUCCUUUUAUGCCUGAAAUGAUCCAACUCUGUGCAAGAUGAGAAGAAUAUGGGUCAGAAAUCAUCAAAUGCAAUUAUAAAAAUGGGCUCACUGUGGUCUGGUCUCACCUGUCCCUCUUAGAGUCCUAAAGGAGGGAGAAAAAGGGAGAAACACGAUAAAUCAAUCAAAGAGAAAAGAUUCCUCCGGUUAGAGAAAAACAGAACAAACACAAGAAAUUGGAUUUUUUUUUUUCUGCUGUGCUAAAGGCGUCUCUGAGUUUUCUUCUUCUUUCCAAAAGCAGCUGCUCCUCUUUCAGGGGGUCUGAAAUGUAUUUUUGUAAAAACAAUAAGAUAUCUGAUAUCUGCUUUUGUUCAAUUUCUGAUCAAAUGAGGCGACUAGUAGGAGAACGGAGACGAUACAGAGUGAAAACUCCUUUCAAUCACUGACAUGAUAUUUUUAUUUCAUGCCAAUCAAGUCUUACUGUUUUUCCAAGAGCGUGCCGGUGCAGACGAUCAAAGGUCAGUGAUGGAAAAGAGACAAAAUAACACGAUUGUCUGUUUUGAUAUCAGUGUUGGGUGAGUACGUGGCUCAUGGAUGUUAAAACUGAACCUCUUUUUGGCUCAGAGGAAGAUGCUGCACAAAAAAAGGGACUUAUUAUGAAUUUGUUGUCCUUUGAGUUAUUUUAUUCAAGAUUUUCACAUGUUUGUGGCAAUUUUUCUAAUUCUGACAGGGUUUAGUAUGAAAAAUUUUAUGUUUUAGUUUAUAUAUUUACUGAUAUAGCGGCUUAUAUGUCCUUAAAUGCAGUAUGGAAGUCCAAAAUAGGCUUAAACACUCACUGCGUAACAAAAACAGUCAACAAAAUCUGUUAAAGUACUAAUGAAUUAAUAAAAUAUAUGAAUCUUAAGCAGAUUUCUAGUAUUUUCUAUAAAUACAUAUUUGAAUAUUUUUCAAUAAUAACUCUGAAGUGUCUAUUUUAGUGUCAUCUUUGCAAACUUUACAUUAAAAUAAGACGUUUUAUUUUGAAAUUUGCUCCAACAGGCUGUAAAAAAACAUCCAUUAAUUCCCAUGAACCAUUUUGUUUCUCUUCACUAAUGCACUUUCCAGCAGCAGCAGCUGGUGGUCAUGUUGGGUGGGUUAGUGGGCUAGCACAUGCAUUAAACCUAUAAAUAGUUAAAGCAGCAAAAGCAGCGUUUCACUUUAGAUGGCAGAAAACUCUCUCUCCCCGUCUGUCUUUCCUCUCCUCUUUGACAGUCGACGCUUGUUUUUCUUUGUUUUUCUGCCGUGUCUCAGUGUCUCAGACGGGGUCACCCUCAUCAAGUUGUCAGGCAGCGUUAACUUUACCCCGGCGCAGAUAGGUACGUGUUAUUUUUAAUGUGAGUGAUGCUGCAGUCGAGGAGCCGAGGGGCGGCCGAAGACUGUGAUGGGCUGUUCGCCUUGUUGUAAGAGGUGCCACUUAUAAUGAAAUCCUCGAUCUGGGUGAGGUUAUAAUAGGCUGCUGGCAGGUGGAACAUUUCCUUCUGUUGGCACUUCAAAUGACUUUUGUGAAACGUCUCUUUUGGUCCUUUGAAUAAAAAACACUCAGCAGAUUUAAAUGCCUUUUCCCGGCCGAGUAACCUACAACAUUUCUGCACCUUACCUGCAUGCUUAAGUAAAAACUGUCAGUAUGGCUCCAUUCUGAGCGCUCCCUGCCCUUCCUCGAGCCAAAAGCAUCAACUCUGUUUCAUGUGCAUGUAUGAAAAUCCACGGCAGGGAGAGCAGCAGCAAAGACCUCGAAAAGAAAAGAGUUUAAAUGCACCGACAAAAUCAGACACAGCAUGAAACAGGAGUUUAAAGAGAGGUAGGGCUGCACGAUUCAUCGAUUUGAAAUCAGAAAUAUAAUUUUGUCUUAUCGGCGUUUCAUCCACACGGAAACGGUGUUUCAGGUGACUGUAAACGGUACUUUUUGAAAACGGGUCAGAGAGUGAAUAAAUCCAUAAACGACGACCAUUUCAUCUCCGUGUGGAUGUCUAUCUGCAUCUCUGGAAACGAUCAUGUGACACACAGAGGAACUCUUUUAUGGCACCUGUGUGUGUCCGGCCAAAACAAUCUUUAUACACAUGCUCUGUACUCUUCUUCUGUAUCAUGUGCAUUUCGUGUGCAGCGUUACAGCGCCACUUACUGGCUCGGCAUAUGAACCACAUCAUUUUCAGUGGUUUUGUUUUGAGAGAUGAGAGAAAACCUUUUUAUUUUUAAAGUGAAGUUUGGUGAAGUUGACACUGAAUAAAAAAUCAAAAACUGAGUUUUCAGUGGAAAAAAAUCGGGAUUUCAUUUUUGGCCAAAAUCGAUGAGGUCAGCUGGUAUGGGCUGGGAUGAAGACCAGCUGAUCUGCUGUGGCCUGAGUUUGACUUUCCUGCUGCUAACUUCAGUUUAGUGGAGAAAACUCUCCUUGAUUUGGGGUAAACCUCGAAUAUCUACCACACCUGGCCACCCCAACAGAAGUCUGUACCCGGGCUGGGCCACCCCUGUCAAAAAGUCUUGUUGCGCCACUGCUCAUGCUUUCUAGUUUUAAUGUCCCUCAAACAGAAAGCAAAAUUUCGCCCCAAAGAAGAAAACGAAUAUCUUAACUUGAAUGUUCAGUGAGGUUUGUGUUGAUAUCUGUCACUUAUUUACUCUAUAAAAAUGAAUAAAAAAAGAUGCUACACAAAAACAAGCUCCUUAAGAGACCCCACAUGAUGUUUUUCUUGUUCUGGCUCGGUUUCUCCAAACGUUUAAGUAAUCCGUUAUCUUAAUUGUAGAAGAGCGGUAAAGCUUGGCGCUGCUAGCUCAUUUAUACCAGCACACUCACGUCAACAAACACACAGACAGACACACACACACACACACACACAGCAGGUUAGAUCAGCUGCUCCAACAUAAUUGGAUUUAUUUCUAAAUUUGGCUUGAUUUUCCGUCACACUCGCUUCCCUAAAAAUUUCCACGCUUCUCUCCUCACCACUGAUCCCUGCACCAAAAUAACUUCCAGAAUCAGACAUAUCAGGGUUUUUUUUCUGGGCUGCAUGUGCAAUAAUUUCCCCUGAAAUGAGGCUGCUGACGAAUCGAGCGCAUGAGCAGAUCGAUAACUUGACCUUUCUUCAGGGUGGAGAUAUUGUUUUAUAAAUGGGAGGUGUUUGUCUCUCUGCAGUCGUCACGAGAAGCUUCAGACUUUAAGAUUUUCGUCUUGAAGCUGCAGAUGUUUGGAUAUUUGGACUCUUUGAAGUUAGUUUUGCAUAAACACUGAUUUUUGACCUUUCGUGUUAAUCCACUGUCGCCUCCUUGCAGACAUGAAGAAGAGAUUAUGACUUGACAGUGAACGCCUUUAGAAAAACAAAGAAAUCAGACCGUUUCUGUUUCUUUUUUUCAUGCAAAAGGGCAAUGAGUCAGUGCUGUGAAGUAUCAUAUUUGAGUUUUAAGUAUGAUGGAUUACAGACUGCUGAUCAGCCAGGCAGGACUGACGGCUGCUCUCUGUCUGUCUCUCUCCUGAGAUCGGCCCACAGAGAUUUUUCCCCCCGUUUUCUUUUUUUUUUUUUGGAGGCAGAAGGAGACAGCUCUUCUUCCCGUCUUGUCACUUUAAGCCGUCUCAUAACAUCCUGCACCCCUCCCUAGUGAUCGUCAGCCUGUGUGACGGCUCUUCACGCUUACGGGAGCGAAACAGAAGAACAAAACUGGAGAAAGAUGGAAGUCUGGGUUACGCAAAUUCUUCUAAUAUUGCAGCUGAUGAUCUGAGAUGGAAAAAAAGGUUCUGCCACACCAGAAACAACAGGGUAACACUCUGAAACCUUUAGACUGUUUCCAUUUUGGUUAUAAAUUCUCACCGGUGGAUAAAACUCCUCAGAUCAGGUGGCUCAGAGGCGUGACAACAGUGAAACCCACUGGGACAGAAAACUGGUGAGUGCAGCCACUGAGAGCAGCUUUAAUCGUUUCUGCACCUUCAGUUUGGAGCUAAAAUCAAGCCGAUUUUUUCCACUUUCUUCUCAUUUUGGAUCAACUCCAUCCUUGAGUUUUUGACAGCCAGUAUUAAAUGCAAACCAAAGCUCUUUAGUUGGUUGUUUUUCUCGUUUUUGCAGCAGAACUAUUUCUUACUAGACCACCACCAAACCCCAGACUCGUGUAUCCUUUAGGUUCUGGUUUUCUUAUCGGCCCUUUUGGAGAUUGUUGGGUUGCACAGGCUCUCCUACAGAUCUGGUUGGUCAUCCCUUGAUGCAACAGUCUUUAUCCCCAAUGCUUUGAAUCAGCGAUGUGGGCGGGGCUUAGCUGGAGGUAAACCAGACCUCUAAACUUGAUGGCUAGUGUAAGCUAACAAGGUUUUCUCGGCUUGUUUUCACCAACAGCAGGACAGAGUGUUUCUGUCAUGAGUUAACGCUGAAGAACUGGAGCAGACCGGUCAACCAUUUUGUUCUCACUCAGAACGUUUACACGACACUCAAGAAAACCCAAUUAUUGCCUUACUGGACAACUGAAGUGCAUGUAAACACCUUAGUCCGACUAAAACCAUGUGAGAUUUCCGAUAUCGUCCCAGCUAACCGAAGUAAAAAAAGCUUGAAUUUUUUACCUGGACUCAUCCUGAUGAACUUCCAGGUGAAAUUUUCAUUUUGAAGUCAGAAAGAGAGUCGCUGCAAGAUCACAAAAGGAAACACUGAAGACUUCACCACACCAGUGUGUGGGCGGGGGGGUGAUGACAUUUAUCUUAAGUGAUAUGAAACUGAGAGGAGCAGCGACACCCCGCAACGCACGGAUUAUAAAAACAUCAGAGGUUAGAGGAGGAGAACCGCUGUCAGGGUGAGAACGGCAAAGACAUCUGAGCAUGUAGAUAUCUGCACAUAGAUCCGUUUACAUGUAGAUAUCUGAACAUAGAUCCGUUUACAUGUAGAUAUCUGCACAUAGAUCCGUUUACAUGUAGAUAUCUGAACAUAGAUCCGUUUACAUGUAGAUAUCUGAACAUAGAUCCGUUUACAUGUAGAUAUCUGCACAUAGAUCCAUUGACAUGUAGAUAUCUGAACAUAGAUCCAUUGACAUGUAGAUAUCUGAACAUAGAUCCGUUUACAUGUAGAUAUCUGAACAUAGAUCCGUUUACAUGUAGAUAUCUGAACAUAGAUCCGUUUACAUGUAGAUAUCUGCACAUAGAUCCAUUGACAUGUAGAUAUCUGAACAUAGAUCCAUUGACAUGUAGAUAUCUGAACAUAGAUCCGUUUACAUGUAGAUAUCUGCACAUAGAUCCGUUUACAUGUAGAUAUCUGAACAUAGAUCAGUUUACAUGUAGAUAUCUGCACAUAGAUCCGUUUACAUGUAGAUAUCUGCACAUAGAUCUGUUUACAUGUAGAUAUCUGAACAUAGAUCCGUUUACAUGUAGAUAUCUGCACAUAGAUCCGUUUACAUGUAGAUAUCUGAACAUAGAUCCGUUUACAUGACGAGUGGAAAGAAUUUCAAAAUAAAAGCGCAUUCUAAAGGCUAAGUUGUAGAUGUUUAGAUUGGGUGGAUCACUGGGCAGCCAAUCAGAGGAUGUAUCCUGAUUGGUGGAUUGUUUUUCCCCUAAAGAUCAUUUUCUCAAUUGGCUGUUAAAGUUUCAUCAGUCAGUCUGAGUGUCCUCCAGCAUUUUCAGACCGUGAGAGAUUACUCUGGAAAAAAGAAAAAGGGGGAAAAAAGUCCAUGUUUUUGUUUAGUCGUCUCUUUAAAUCUAAAAAACAACUGAUGUUUAAAACUGCAGUGAAUUAGUUUUUUCUAAAAUCUCCUUAAACAACCUCAAGUGUCUCACAUAUCAAAGGUUUACAUUCUCAGUAUUUCGCUGCGACUCUGUCCUGAUAAAAAGAGACAAAUUACAAACCGAGAUGGUGAGAUUUUUCUAAUGAGAGACACAGAAGGACAGACAGACAGUCCCGUCCUGCGGCUGUUUUUGGAUUAUUGUAUUUUCUACAAGCUUUGUUUAUUGAUCAGACAAGCCAAGUCGUGGUCUCCUCCAUAUUCAACGUGUUUGUCCUCUUUAUGCCAGAAAAAUGAUUCACACAGAAAAGCUGCAAGCUGCUCCUCCUGUUCAAACUCUGCUGGUUUUUUUUCACAUUUUGAUGAAUAAAGUCACACUGUGGGGUCGUUUUCAUGAGAGACUAGUCUCCAACGCAAAUGAGUAAAGUCAGGCGUGGAAAAGCUAACCAACAAAUUAACCUUACCACCUGUGGGGUCCGUGUGCAGUGGGAGCAAUUACUGUCACUCUCUAAUCUCUGUCUCGGAGCUGCUGGGAUUACAGCAGAGGAGAGGGCCGAGCCUCGACUCGGAGACACUUUAUUAUCUCGACAAACUGUGUCCGGACCAAACAUGAUCACUCUUUAAUAAACGCUGGGAUUAUUGUUAUCUAAUGUUGAGUGGACUCUGUGGUUUUUAGAUGUUUGCAUGUCCACAGAGCUCUUCUCUCACAGGACUUUAACCUUUCUUGAUUCCCCAUCAGAGGCUCGUAUUUUGCCCUAAACUGCUCUAUUAUAUAAAGUCUAUAAUGCCAAAGACCAAAAUAUUUUCAUAUCUGUCACUGCGGUCCGUGUCAAGAGGAAUGAAAAUGACUAAAGGGUCCCUGAAGCCCCCUCAUGGGGUCCCCACUUUCAGGGCCUCUGACCUUGUCGGACGAAUUUAGCUUCAGAUGACAGAUGAGAUUAGACGUGCUGAAAAUCCCGCCUGGUAUCACACUAUAAUAAUAAUAAUAAUAAUAAUGAUAAUGAAACCUUUAUUGUCAACUAUUGUCUUUUAAUAAUGAGAAUAAUCAUUAAAAACAGUUUAAAGCAGGUUAAAUCUGCUGAAGGCCCUACGAUGAAACUGAACAGCUGGGUCUUUGAACACUCGACAUUUUCUUAAACACUCCAAAUUCGCCCUCAACCGUUCAUCUGAACAUCGGAAUCAGAUCCUCAAGAUACGAUUAAGAACACCAUCUGUCAUCUCCAGUAGUAGCUGCACAUAAGGCUGGAUACAGUUUCAGUUUUAUUGAUCCUGGUUCUUAUCAAUCCUGGUUCCUGAUUCUUGUAGUAAAGUUUUCCAAAACUAAUAAAGUCACACUGCGAUCGUUCACCUCUUUAACCUCUGCGGUCCUUAAAUUGUGAUUAUGAAGUUUUCAGCCAAAAUCAUGUUACCUGUGUCGUUUUAAAGGUCUUUUCUCCUGCAGAGCUCUAGUAGCUCAUUAGCAAUUCGCCUCUGAGUCGUGGGCGAAACAGCGCUGCUCUGCUCACUCCUCUUCACACUAGCUUGUAGCCUAACACUGCAGGUGUAGUAGAAGAAGCAGGUAACAUAGAAGUUAUUCAGCUCUCGGACACUAAUGUCUUUGGGGACAUGAUGAAAGUUAAUAUCAUGAUAAGCUUUUUUACGAGCAUUACAGUCCGCUAACACACGAUUGUUCUGCAAUCGUCCUCUCCACUUAGCAUAGUGAGGCUCAGGGGGCGGAGCUUGGAUUUGUGAUGUAGGAAAUCUCACUCUGUCUGGGUCUGCCAGAGAUUCACAGAGAUUUGAAUGCAGAAAUACUCAGAAAUGCAAUUCCACACUUUUUCUCAUGAUGCAUCCUGUAACAUCAGAGAAAUGAACAUAUGAACAUGUAGGCAACAAGAAAAACAUGAUUUUCAUCAGUGUGGGUCUUUAAAUCAGGAGUUCUCCUCAAUUACCCAAACUCAAACAUCCUGAAAUUGAAAGUUCCCUCGAUCCACGUCUUUAAACAUCACUUCCACUCCAGAUUUAAUCAAUUAAGACCUAAUUAAUUAAAUUAAUGACAAAUCUAAAGGUUGACUUUGGAAUGACCUUCCUGAGGAGAUGAGACACGCAGUCACUGACACCUUUUAAAUCACUUCUUUACUCUCACUUCACACAGGAACAAUUUAUGAUCUCCAUAUAAUAGUAAUAUUUAGUUCUUGGAGACAGUUUUUAUGAUACUACGGGUAACAAAGUGGUUCAGAUGUGAAGUCAUCUUCUUAUUUUAUCCUUUUUUAAAUUUUAUCUUUCUUGUCGUUUUGAUUUAUUCCUCCAUUUCCCUUUCAGACACAUCUGUUCCCUCACUUUUAUUCUGCUUAUCUGCUUUUACUCUUGUUGACUUUUUGUUGUAUUUUCAGAAACAUUUCUCGAUCACUCUCUAUCAGGCUCUCCAGAGUUAAUUAUUCAUCACUAUUCUCCCGAGUUCCUGCCUUCACUCGAAGCACUUUGCAAACAUUUGUUCACUAAGUUGCUUUAUAAAUAACAAUGACGCUAAUUGAGAUGCAGAAUAUGACCUUAAUUAUGACAUAUUAGCACCAUGUACCGAGACGAAGCAUUAGAGAUUGGUUUUAACAUAAGCCGUUAAUUCUGACCUUUAAAAGUGCGUUUUUCUGUUAGUAUAAACUGUCUGAUGGGGGAGUUGUCGGCUCUACCUGCUCCGAUUAUCCAGCCUUCAUUGACAUUUUCUUUAAUGUAGAUUUGUCUUAAAGGAAAAGUUCAUUUCCUCUGAAUAUCAUAAAUCAGAGAUAGGUCUGAUGUUUUCUGAAUGGAUGGUGUUUAAAGGAGACGAUGACGUGUCAACUAUCAGAUCAGUGUUGCCUCUAGUUUAUGUUGUCUAACUAAACUUCCAAACUGCCAAUUCGAGUCCCCUGAGACGCAGAAAUCCAAGACCAAAUACGUCCCCUGAGUCUUUUUCUUUUUACACGCUGAAGAGCGUUCGCCGACAGAUCCCAAAAUAAUCUCAUCUGUGAGCCGCUUUGUUCUGGUCCGAGACACGUUUUGUUUUUGUUCCGUUUGUCUCUUCAAAGUCUUGAGAGUUGAGAUGUUUCUGCGAUUGCAUUAAUAAUAUUGGUUUGCUGUUUCAUCUGUCAAACCGCAGAGGACACACUCUCCAGUAAAAAUCCAUCUGUUUGGGUUCUUUCGCAGGUCUUAUCCGCCGAGUCCCCCCCCCACUCAUCUUCCACUCGCAAAAUCUUGAAGAGAACCGACUGAGAGCUGGAGCCGAGACGAUCAAGCAUGGAUGUGCCCAGGAUGGCCGAGGGCCUCUUCAGCAGCACACUGUCCUCGUCGGGCGGCGGCCAUCACGUGCCUUCGUACCUGACGCUGGAGCAGAAGGCCGCCUUCGUCUUCGUGCUGCUGCUCUUCAUCUUCCUGGCCCUGCUCAUCGUGCGCUGCUUCCGCAUCCUGCUGGAUCCGUACCGCAGCAUGCCCUCGUCCAACUGGACUGA